AUGACGGGUUCGAUAUUUAAAAUAAGAGUUACCGCCCAAGAAAUUUAUCAUGGCUUAAAAGCUCUGUGGUUCAAUAAAUCUUCCUAUUGUUAUCAUUUGCCGUUAAGGUUCUGGGACCGGCUCGUUAUUACCUUUCUCAAGAUCACCGCAUUAAUUUUCUAUUACUCAAAUUGGAAAUUCGAAGAAAAUCAGGACACGCAAUUAAAACUUUUAAGCAUUGGCAUGUCCGUCGAAGAGUUUAAGGAGAAAUUCUUGGUUCUAAGAAAUGAUGAGAGGAAAAUUUGGAAGAAUACUACGGUCGCGGUGGUGGUGCCCAUCUACCUAACUUCCAAAACUUCCUUAUCUCAGACUCGCGCAAUGUUAGAGUGUUUGGCGACACAGACGAUAUUACCGGUGGUUGUGGUGGUGAUCGAUGACGCAUCACCCUUUGAAUAUAAGUUUGAUGAGAUUUGUCCUUCCACUUUUAUAACCAUCAUGUAUGAAAAAUUGAAAGUAAAGGUGGGUCUCUCGAGUGCUCGAAGCCAUGGGAUAAAGAUCGCUUUCGAGGCCGAUCCGAGCCUAAUCAUGUUCACCGAAAUGAAUUGCCGACCCUGUGAAUCUUGGAUCGAGUCAGCGAUAGAACAUUUCGAAAAAAACCGUAAGGAGCGCGGAUGCUGCAUGAUUCUCAGCGGAUUAACAUCGCCACUAGGCGAAACCUACUUCGACCUUUAUCACUUCAUCUUUGGUACUUCCAACGGUCUCUACGUACCAUCGGAUAAAUCGUUGUUAUAUGGUCUGACAUGUAACCUGUGUGUUCCCGUACAAAUCUUAAAUGCGAUCAACUUCGAUGAAGACUUCAAAGAUGGAGUGUUUGGAGAUGUGGAGUUUUGUAUUCGUGCGAGGAAGUUAUUUGAUGCCAAGCCGUGGCUAGUUGAGAGAAUGCGUGUUCAUUACGAUUUCGCGUAUCUACCUCCAGACAUGGGAUUGUGGAAACCCUUUACUCAUUCUAUUGAAAAUUACGUGAUGUUCUGUUUGCAAUUCAGAAAAUAUGGAGAAUGGGAACCAUUAUUGCUGGCAAAGCAUAAUGAAUACAGUUCGUGGAAGUCCGGGUUACACGCCAUUCAUUUGAAAUAG